AUGGUCGUCCUCUUCAAAGCCGGAUCUCUCGGUCCAGCAACAAACUCAUUCAUCAUCGCCGCAACCCGCCGCGGCCAAAUCCGCCUCUACAACAUCCUCCAAGACACCACAAUCCCCGAACCGAAACGAAAAUACAUCCCCUCCUCCGGCACUUACCCCAAGGGCUUUCGGGUGUCUGGUACCCAUGUUGGCGUCAAAGCCGCAAAUACAAAAUACCCAGACUUGGCUCUGAUUUCGUCUGAUAAACCAUGCACAGCUGCGGCAGCGGUGUUUACAACGAACAAGUUCCAAGCUGCGCCCGUGCAGGUCAGUAAAGUGACCUUGGAGCAGCGGAAGGGGAAAGGAAUUCAAUCCGUUGUUAUCAAUUCUGGAUGCGCGAAUGCCGUUACGGGAAAAGGCGGUUUGGAGGAUGCGCGGAGUAUGGCUGCGAAGGUGGAUGAGUGUAAUGGUACUUCGGAGCCGAGCACUCUUGUCAUGAGUACCGGUGUCAUUGGACAGAGACUCCCCAUCUCCAAAAUCCUCGACAAAAUCCCAACCGCCUACUCCAACCUCGCCAGCACUCACAACGCCUGGCUCGCAACGGCCCGCGCAAUCUGCACAACAGAUACAUUCCCCAAACUCAUCUCCCGGACCUUCAGUCUGCCUUCCUCUCCUGGAAUUACCUAUAGUCUCGCCGGCAUGACCAAAGGCGCUGGCAUGAUCCACCCCAACAUGGCAACUUUACUCGGCGUGCUAUGCACAGACGCACCUGUCGACGCCUCCGUUAUGAAGCCACUCUUGCUGCAUGCAGUCUCUCGCUCUUUCAACUCCAUCUCUAUCGACGGCGACACCAGCACAAACGACACAAUCGCAUUCCUCGCCAACGGCGCCGCUGGUGGUCAAACAAUCGCUUCAUCAACAUCCCAGGACUACGCCGCGCUACAAAAAGUGCUCACUUCUUUCGCACAAUCGCUCUCGCAACUCGUCGUUCGCGACGGCGAAGGAGCAACUAAAUUCGUGACUGUUCGCGUCCAGAACUCGCCAUGCUACGAUUCCGCGCGCCGCAUUGCAUCGACAAUCGCACGCUCACCGCUCGUCAAAACAGCGCUAUAUGGACGAGACGCAAACUGGGGCCGUAUACUAUGCGCCGUCGGAUACACAGAUGGCGUGACCGAGGGCACCGUCGUCCCGGAACGUACGAGCGUCAGUUUCAAGCCUGUGGAUGGCUCGCCCACCCUGCGACUGCUGGUGAAUGGCGAGCCUGAGGUCGUCGAUGAGGAGCGCGCAAGUGCUAUUUUGCAGGAUGAGGAUUUGGAGAUCAUUGUUGAUCUUGGUGGUGGUGACAAGGGUGAGAAGGGUCUGGGAGGAGAGGAGGCUGUGUAUUGGUUCUGUGAUUUUAGCCAUGAGUAUGUUACUAUCAACGGUGACUAUCGGACUUGA